GGCUGGCAACUCUACUAUACCGAUAAGUAAUUAGAUCUACCUGAAUAUAUGCAUCUGUUUUGUAUACUAUUAUACUGGUACUACACUGCAUGGCACGGAUUCACUGCAUGUAUCAUGGCAGCCAGAGACUGGAUUUACGUUUCUUCUGUGGCAUUCUUUGCUGCACUGGGUGCUUACCUGACUGGAUACAGCGUUGGGGAAGAGACUCCACGCUUCUUGACUGACUCCGGUCCCACUGUAUGUCAGGGCUGUCAAUGGACUGCAAAACUUUGCUGGCUAUCUGGAAUACUUUGAUCUUGGGAACAGCUCUGCAAAUUCUAGCUGCACUGAAACCUCAGAUUUGAAAGAAGAUGACAGGAUCAUACUGGGAGCCAUCAUUUCGAUUGUGAAUCUUGGUGGAGCCUUUGGGAGCAUCUUUGCUGGCAGUAAAGUUCUAUUAAAACAAUUUCACGUAAUUAAAUGUAUAAUAGUAUUAAGAUUCUUAUCCACUAUAUAUACAGAGCCUGCUGACUACUUUGGCCGUAAAGUAACUAUUAUGAUGUCAGGAGUGCUGGUGGUUCUUGGAGCAGCGAUACAGAGUGCUGCAGUACAGGGAGCACCAUGGAUGGAAAUCUUGGGUCGUUUUAUUGGUGGACUUGGAUACGGCUCAUUUUAUAUGGCUGGCCCUGUGUACAUCGCUGAGAUUGCUCCCACGCAUAUUCGAGGAACUUUGACAUCUCUAAUUGGCCCAACCAUAGCAAUGGGAAUAAUAACCGGCUAUAUCAUCAAUCACUUACUGUACGAUGAGCUGUUUGGUUGGAGGGUGUCUCGUCUACUGUCUUGUGUCUUUGGUUGUGUCUACAUGCAUUGUCGGCAUGACUGUGAUGCCUAGGACCCCAAGGUGGCUCAUGGUGCAGGGGAGAGAGUCAGAGGCACGAGAGGUACUCAGAAAAACUGUCUCCAAGCUGGGACAGGAGGGAAUUGAAGCUGAGCUAGAGGAUAUUAGACUGACUCUGAAAUCAGCAACAAAGCAAAAUCUCUUUCAAGAGCUUAAAGUGAUUUUGAAAUGGAGAAUCCUUAAACGGGUCUUGCUGGGAGCUGUUAUUCAUAUGUUUUCAGCUGGUUGUGGAACGGCAAUAUAUUUCUACUCUGAGCCGUUGUUCUGUUCUCUGGGGAUAGUUCCGUUUGUGACUGCUCUUGUGAUCGGAGGAUUGACUCUCUGUGGAACCACCUUCACGACCAUCUUUAUUGACAAGCUUGGCAGAAAGCCGAUGCUGGUGGGAGGUGGUAUAAUGAUGUUUCUCCUCACUGGAACAGCUGCUACACUAGUCCAUGCCUUCAAGUUGGAGGAAGAGAAUAAUGAAGUCGUCGGCUAUAUUGUUGUGUGUCUGGUCUGCCUCUUUAUGUUAGUCUACUCAUCCACCUGGUAUGUUGUUCCGCUUGUUGUCACCAGUGAGAUGUUUCCUUUGGAGGGACAAGGACUUGUUGUGGCCAUCUCCGUGGCAAUCAACUGGGUCCUUGCAUACACAUUCACUCAAGCCUUUCCCUCAAUUCUGGCCUCCAUUAACUCGUCUGGUUCUCUGUACAUGAUCAGCUUGAUUGACUUGGCUGCAGCUCUCUUCUUAUUCCUACUGCCUGAGACGAAGGGCUUCAGUCUCGAAGAAAUGGAGAAAAUAUUCGAGAAACCGUGGCUUGAGAGGGUGGGGCUCACUUCCUGCUGCAGGUUUUGUCGUAGUCGGCACGGUUCCACUGAAGAUGGCAUCCCUACUAAGAGUGAACAUGCUGUCAAUGGAGUGGUGAUGCUAGAGGACAAAUCUGUAGAGCUUCAAUAUGCCAGACAAAAGAGAGAAUUUGUGGAGGAGAAUAGUAAAGACUGGGAAGAGUAUUGGGAACGAUACGAUGUAGAAAAGACUAGAACUGCUAGCAAACAAACUAUUGUAUGAAUGCAUGCAUGCAUGCACGUAUGGUCAUGAAUCAAUUAAUCAGUCAUUAAUUAAACUCUUUUUGUGGUUAAACGUCAUUCCUUAAUAAUUAUGUGGUUGUUGUUGA